CAAAAGUUGCAUCUCAACCUCAUGAAUAUUCAUGUGUGGAGGACGUCGAUAGAGACCGCUGGCCUUAAAUAGAGAGCGCCUCAACACCCAUUGAAACUCUGAGGAUAAAACUUAACAAGGACUUAUAGCUUCUUCAACGUUUUACAAACAUAACCACAGCUGUUAUGGACACUUUGCAUGAGCUCAUCCCUUUUGCUAAGGAAAUGCUGAGUGCUGGUCCCACCAAGGGCUCUCUGAAGGUCUAUCUAGUGGGCGGCACGUUCGCUGUCCUGGGAAUGGUGAGCGGCGUGGUCCAGGUGGCCUCUUCUCUCUUCCCUGACCACGAGGAGCCCGAGUUUGAGAUGCUGAAGGUGAGGGAGCUCAUACCAGUGAAGGAGCAGCUCCAGGAGCCACAAACCAGCAUCCCUGAAGAUGACGAGAUGGACGCAGCGAUGGAGGCCAAGGCUAAGGAACUGCCCAUGAACAGACAGAGGCGGAUGAGUUUCAGAGCUCACGCUUCAUAAGGCUCGUGCCCUGCUGCUGUUAAUGCUACGUGAAGAAAGCCGAGCCAAAAAGAAGUUCUGCUUGUGCACUGAGCCGUGAGGAACACGUCAUGAGGAACACGUCAUGAGGAACCGUACGGACACAGUUCUUAUUGUACCGAGAGCUGCAGAGCGGCUGGGAGAUGGUGUAAUGAUUUUUUUUAUCAGAUGAUAAUUAUUUAUAAAGGAUGUAUAAAAGUCAUGUGAAGAGUGUGCCAUGUAUUACUGCCAUACAAUAAAUACAUAUUUGCUCAA